AUGGAACUAGUUUUGAUAGAAAAACAAACAGCAUCAUCAUUAUUAACAGGAACAGUAACAGUAACACCACAACCAUUAUCAGGACAAGGACCAACACCAGGAACAACACCAGUACCAACACCAGGAACAAAACCAGUACCAACACCAGGAACAACACCAGUACUGACACCAGGACCAACACCAGAACUGACACCAGGACCAACACAAGGAGCAAAACAAAUAUCAUCAACAGCAACAAGAACUCCUGUUUUUCAUGCAAUUUUGAUUUUGGAAAAAACAACCAAUGCAAUAAAUUCAUCAUUAUCGCCACUAUCAACAACUACGGCACCAACAACAACGGCACCAACAACAACGACACAAACGACAACGGCACCAACGACAACGGCACCAACGACAACGGCACCAACAACAACGGCACCAACGACAACGGCACCCACAACUACGGCACCAACGACAACGGCACCCACGACAUCGACACCUACAACAACAGCACAAACGACAACGACACCAACAACUACGGCACCAUCAACAACGACACCAACGACAACGGAACCAACAACAACGGCACCAACGACAACGGCACCCACGACAACGGCACCUACAACAACGGCACCAACGACAAAGGCACAAACAACUACGACACCAACAACAACGGCACCAACGACAACGGAACAAACGACUACGUCACCAACGACAACGGCACCAACGACAACGGCACCCACGACAUCGACACCUACAACAACAGCACAAACGACAACGACACCAACAACAACGACACUAACGACAACGGAACCAACAACAAUGGCACCAACAACAACGGCACCAACGACAACGGCACCCACAAAUAUAGCACCAACGACAACGGCACCCACGACAUCGACACCUACAACAACAGCACAAACGACAACGACACCAACAACUACGACACCAACGACAACGGAACCAACAACAACGGCACCAACGACAACGGCACCCACGACAACGGCACCAACGACAAAGGCACCAACAACUACGGCACCAACAACAACGGCACCAACGACAACGGAACCAACGACUACGUCACCAACGACAACGGCACCCACGACAACAGCAUCUACAACAACGGCACCAACAACAACAGCACCAACGAAUACGGCACCAACGACAACGGCACCAACAACAACGAUACCAACAACAACGGCACCAACGACAACGGCACCAACAACGACGGCACCAACAUCAACGACACCAACGACAACGGCACCCACGACAUCGACACCUACAACAACAGCACAAACGACAACGACACCAACAACUACGACACCAACGACAACGGAACCAACAACAACGGCACCAACGACAACGGCACCCACGACAACGGCACCAACGACAAAGGCACCAACAACUACGGCACCAACAACAACGGCACCAACGACAACGGAACCAACGACUACGUCACCAACGACAACGGCACCCACGACAACAGCAUCUACAACAACGGCACCAACAACAACAGCACCAACGAAUACGGCACCAACGACAACGGCAUUAACAACAACGAUACCAACAACAACGGCACCAACGACAACGGCACCAACAACAACGGCACCAACAUCAACGACACCAACGACAACGGCACAAUCGACAAUGGCACCUACAACAACGGCACCAACAACAACGAUACCAACAACAACGACACCGGCACCAACAACAACGGCACCAACGACAUCGACACCUACAACAACAGCACAAACGACAACGACACCAACAACUACGACACCAACGACAACGGAACCAACAACAACGGCACCAACGACAACGGCACCCACGACAACGGCACCAACGACAAAGGCACCAACAACUACGGCACCAACAACAACGGCACCAACGACAACGGAACCAACGACUACGUCACCAACGACAACGGCACCCACGACAACAGCAUCUACAACAACGGCACCAACAACAACAGCACCAACGAAUACGGCACCAACGACAACGGCACCAACAACAACGAUACCAACAACAACGGCACCAACGACAACGGCACCAACAACAACGGCACCAACAUCAACGACACCAACGACAACGGCACAAUCGACAAUGGCACCUACAACAACGGCACCAACAACAACGAUACCAACAACAACGACACCGGCACCAACAACAACGGCACCAACGACAAUGGCACCUACAAUAACGGCACCAACAACUACGAUACCAACGACAACGGCACCAACGACAACGACACCAACAACAACGGCACCAACGACAACGGAACAAACAACUACGAUACCAACAACAACGGCACCAACGACAACGGCACCUACAACAACGGCUCCAACUACUACGGCACCAACACAAGCAAUUAUACAGACAAAAAAUAAAAGUAUUUUGUCAACAACAACAAAAAGUCCUGUGCAAAGGCCACAUUAUCAUCCUAUAUACAGAUACUCGUCAAAAACUGAAAGAUGUUGA